AAAGAAACGUGAAAUGACUGACAUUAUAGGGGAAAAUCUCCAGUUGACAAAUGAGAAUUCGGGGCUAUGGCGCAAAAUUGAAGCCAAGGAUAGAGUUAUUGCAUAUAACCGAGCGAAUUUGGAGAAACUACAGAAUAGUCUUGAAGAGAAAAAAUUGCACAAGGUGCACGAAGAACUGGCUUCGAGUCAACGUGUUCUGGCAUCCAAAAACAGAAUCAUUACUAAACUUCAAGAGCAAAAUCGAGAAAGUCGAGUGGAAAUGGAGCAACUCCGGACUUGCCUAAAUGAACAGCAAUUGGACACGCGCGAGUUGGCCGUGGCUACACGUGAGCUAGAGUCGAAGAAUACAACCAUUGCUGAACUCGAAGCGAAAAAUCUCAGUUUGGCCGAAAACAAUGGGCGGUUAAGGCGCAAAAUGGAAGACGACGAUCGUCUCCUUCAAUCCAGUCAGUCGGCUUUGCAACAAUUACAAGAUGAACUACAACAACUACUUGAUAACGUUCCACAGUUGAAGCAAACAAUGGAAGAUUCCGGCCGUCUUCUGCUAUCCAGUAAGGUGACAAUAGAAGAACUCCAGCUGUCCCUUAACAAACAGACCGAAAGGGUCGAGCAGCUGGUGGAUCAAAUUCGAUUAAAGAACGAAGAAGUUGCCGAAUUGACAAAUAAAAACCACCAAUUGGAACAAAACGAUCAGCGGCUAAGGCAAAUAAUAGAAGAGACCAAACUUCUUGUUGUAUCCAGUAACGAUGAAUUGGAAAAUCUCCGGGUGUGCAUUGCCGAACAGCAAUCGGACAAGGUGCACGAGUUGGCCAUAGCUAACUGUGAAAUAGAGUCAAAGAAUAAAACCAUUUCUGAACUUGAAACGGAGAAUUUCCGUUUGGCCGAAAACGAUUCGCGACUAAGGCGUAAAAUGGAAGAUAGCGAUCUUCUUCUUCUAUCCAGUAAGGCGGAAGUGGAAGAGCUACGAGUAUCCCUGAAUAACCAAACCGAAAGGGUCAAGCACCUACAGGAUCAAGUGAAAAAUCUGGACCAGGAGAAGGAAGAAGCUAUUCGUAAAUUGGCUGAAUUGGAAGCUAAGCAGAAAGAAAUGAAACCGAAACUGACGGCUGACGUUGGAUGUGGGAGCGAUGAGGUAAUAAAUAACCCUCUCCGAAUUGAAAAUCCCAUUAAAAUCGUAAAGGACACACCGAUCAUCGUAACUGCCGAGCCACAACCGGUGCACUUAUCACCAGCCCGCACUGAAAUUGAAAGUAAAGCCGCCCAGGUGUCCACUGAAAAACCGCCGGAUGAGUUUAACAUUUUAUCUUCUGUACAAACUGAAGUCUACGUCGAUCGAAUCGUCAUAACAGGAAUAGCGAAUAAGGAUUGCGGGCGAGUUAUCGGGCGUCAUGGGAGCAACGCCAAAAGGAUUGAAGAGCAAUAUUGGGUUAGUGUAAGUUUUAUCAACGCUAACCUAUUCAUCACCGGAGGAGAUGCUGAGAGCCGACAAGCAGCUUGUAACGACGUAAUUGACAUUUUAUCAGUCACCAUCGAAUGCCCUAAAAUCAAUCUAAGAAGAAACAUCUUUUCCGACGGAUAUGAGUUAAGAGAAUUGGCUUUUAACCAUGAUGUACAUAUUUAUCGUCCAGGUGGAGAAAAUAAAUACGUCACCAUCUGGGGUACACUAGCCAAUUGCCGAAGAGUUCACGACAUUCUUCAAAAUGGAAAUCGCUAGUUUUUGAUUUUUUUCUUUAAUUAAGUUAAGUAACAAUGGAAGCUGGAUGUCAGUUUUGCCUAUCGGAA